AUGAAGAACUUCAGACAGCGAGUUCACGAACAGCUCUCUCGAGCUAAAGAUUCAUCUAAAAGCUCGUCGAAGAAGAAAGAGUCCAAUUCAGGCACAUCCUCACCCUCACAUGGCGCCUCUACCAAUUCCCCAGCUGGCUCAGGUCAAGCAACACCAACUUCCUCCCAGACACAACUCGUAGACCCUCGAAACAAGCAAACAAGCUCGGGCGACAACACAAGUGGAGUAACGAGUGCGAACAUGUCACAGACACAUACUGGGAUGAAUUCGUCGAGCCCCAGUCCAUUUAUGCAGCAGACGCAGCAACAACAGCCCCAAGGUAGUUCAGCUGCACCUGGCGCACACACUCCAAUUCGUGGAAACCAAUCGCUACCUCCAAGCGUCGUGAUUAGCCCGAGUGCUCCCCAUAUUCCUCCACCAGGAGCUGCGGAAACGAUGCCAGGUGAUCUCCUACCUCCACCCAAAGCAGGCCAAAAAUCGCUCCUACUUGAUCGACUUGGUACAACGCCCAAAGAUAUUGCAGAAGGCAUCCGGACUCCCAAACGUCAACACUCGUCAAGAUUCGACAUAUCGGAUCAGCGUGCAAGAGAUUUGGAAAAACUUCCAGGGUUUCACGAAGUUGCUCCUCAAAAACGAGAGGAACUCUUCAUGCAAAAGAUUGAUCAGUGCAAUAUCAUAUUCGACUUCAAUGAUGCUAGCGGCGACAUGAAGUCAAAAGAGAUCAAGCGUCUAGCGCUGCACGAACUACUAGACUAUGUGGCGAACAACAGACAGGUCAUCACCGAGCGGAUGUACCCACGAGUGGUCGAGAUGUUCAGCAAGAACCUCUUCCGACCAAUUCCUCCCCCUAUGAAUCCACAAGGCGAAGCUUUCGACCCUGAAGAGGACGAGCCGGUACUGGAGGUGGCCUGGCCUCAUAUUCAGGUCGUUUACGAAUUCUUCUUACGCUUCAUCGAAAGUGCCGACUUCAAUACCAAUAUUGCAAAGCAGUAUAUCGAUCAUGGCUUCGUUCUUCAGCUUCUUGAGCUCUUCGAUUCUGAGGAUCCACGCGAACGGGAUUUCCUGAAAACAACGCUUCAUCGAAUCUAUGGAAAGUUCCUUAACUUGCGCUCAUAUAUCCGACGCUCGAUUAAUAACGUGUUUUUCCAAUUUGUUUACGAAACAGAACGUUUCAAUGGUGUCGCUGAACUGCUUGAGAUCUUAGGAUCAAUUAUCAAUGGUUUUGCUUUACCUUUAAAAGAGGAGCAUAAGUUGUUCUUGACGCGGGUGCUAAUACCACUGCAUAAAGUCAAAAGUCUUAGCAUGUACCACCCGCAACUCGCUUACUGCAUUGUCCAGUUCCUAGAGAAGGAUGCUGCCUUGACUGAAGAAGUUGUUCUUGGACUUUUGCGCUACUGGCCUAAAGUAAACAGCACGAAGGAAGUCAUGUUUCUCAAUGAAGUUGAGGACAUCUUUGAGGUGAUGGAUCCAGCCGAAUUUGCCAAGGUUCAGGAACCUCUUUUCAACCAGCUUGCAAAAUCCGUUGCAAGCCCACAUUUUCAGGUUGCAGAGAGAGCACUUUAUUUCUGGAACAACGAGUACUUCUGCAAUCUUGUCAGUGACAAUGUAGAUGUCAUCUUGCCCAUCAUGUUCACCCCGCUUUACGAAAACUCUAAAGGACAUUGGAAUAGUAGGACAAUCCACGGUAUGGUCUACAAUGCCAUGAAGCUGUUCAUGGAGGUGAAUCCUCAGCUUUUUGACGAUUGCUCACAUGAGUAUGCGGAGAAUCAAAACAAUGCUGGUCAGAAGCAACUAGAACGACAGGCUCGAUGGGACAAGCUGGCUGAACUUGCCAAGCUGCAACAAAAUGGCAGAAUCCCUGUGUCCGAUGGACGCGCAAAAGGCACGGAAGAAUCAGAUCCCCAGGAAAGCCAGAGACGUCUCGAAGCUCUUAGACUGAGAGACGACGAAUCGGCCGAUUCAGUACAAGCCCGAAGACGGCAGGAGAAACUGAAUCGGAAACCUGGGGACCUACGUGAGUCAGAUCUGCCCUCUCCAAAAGCCAUUCCAGCCACCACUGACUUCUGA